AUGCUACUCAGAAGUAUCGUCAUAAUUCUGAUUUUAAAUAAUUUAUGUGGGGCGUAUAAAAUUUUGCUAGUGUUUCCUGUUCCUGGAAGAAGUCAUGCCAUACUUGGAGAAGGAUAUGUGAGACACCUCCUAAAUGACGGACACGAGGUAACCUAUAUUGCACCUAUUCCAAUGAAAAAUUCUCAUCCUAAAUUAAGACAGAUCGACGUAUCUACAAACUUUGAACUCAUGCCUACUGAUAAAAUAUUUAACAUAGAAAUCGUUUUAAAAAAUCAACUGAACUUGAAGGACUUUAAGUUUCUGUUAUACGCUACCUCUGAUUUCGCAAACGGUACAAUAAACCAUCCAAACGUUCAACGAUUGAUUCAAGAUCCAAGCGAACAUUUUGAUGUUGUUAUCGCCGAAUGGCUCUACAGUGAACUUUAUGCUGGCUUUUCAUCAGUUUUCAAUUGUCCUUUAAUUUGGUCAUCGUCUAUGGAACCACAUUCACUGGUACUGGAUCUCAUUGACGAAGCACUCAAUCCAGCUUACAAUCCUCAUCAUUUAUCGGAUAUACUGCAACCUUUUUCAUUCUUCGAUCGUAUAAACGAGCUAUGGACUUUAAUUGACACAAAAAUAUUCAAAUGGAGACUACGUCAUCGAGAAAAUAGUAUGUUCAACAUUGCGUUCGAAUCUUCAGUUACCAAGAGAGGACGAAAGCUGCCGUCCUUCAACGAAGUACGCUAUAACGGUUCUCUAAUGCUUGGAAACUCACAUAUUGCUUCAGGAGCAGCAGUACGCCUACCUCGGAAUUAUGUACCAAUUGGAGGAUAUCAUAUUAAUGAAAUUAUCGAUCCAUUACCAUCAAAUUUGCAAAACCUCAUGGACGAUGCCAAAAACGGAUUAAUCUACUUUAGUAUGGGAUCCAUGUUAUUAAGCAGAAAUAUUCCCAUUGAAAUGAAAAGAGGACUGUUAAAAGUAUUUAGUAAAUUAAACCAAACUGUUCUUUGGAAGUUCGAAGAGGAGUUACCCGACCUGCCGAAAAACGUACACAUAGUUACUUGGGCCCCGCAGCUGGGUAUUUUAGCACAUCCAAACUGCAAAUUGUUUAUCACUCAUGGAGGUUUACUUUCUAUCCUCGAAGCUGUGCAUUUUGGCGUUCCUGUUAUUGGUGUACCAAUGUACGGUGAUCAACAUCUAAAUGUCAACAGAGUAGUAGACAAAGGUUUCGGCAAGAGAGUAGAUUUAAACAGUGAAAUAGCAACACAAAUGGAUAUAGCUAUAAAAGAAGUUUUAAACGAACCCAGAUUCGUUCAAAAAGUGAAAGAAUAUUCGCUUAUAUUUCACGAUCGCUUGAAUUCACCUGGCAAAGUAUUAUCAUAUUGGGUGUCUCACGUGAUAAAGACAAACGGCGCACCUCACUUGCGUUCUCCAGCGAAGCUGGUGCCUUGGUAUCAAAAACUCUACCUGGAUUUAGCAUUUCUAAUUUUAGUCACACUUUAUAUAUCAUUUAAGAUUUUAAUAAAAUUACUCACUGUUAUUCUAUCAUUUAGAUCGAGAUUAAACACGAUUAAAAUGAAAUUAUUAUAA